AUGGCGGACAACCUGGAGCCAUCCAUGUUCCCCAUACAGAAGGGCUCCCUGAUCCUCCUGAGGCAGAAAUGGGAAUCCAGUGAUUACCAGAAAAGUGAAUGUUGCCCUGGGGGCAGUCGUUGCAGGCUCUUCCAGCCUCCAGAAAAAAAAUUGCUUGAACCCAAAGGAGAAGUAGUGUCAGCAUAUGGACCUGCAGAUCCCCCUAGUCUGCCCCACGGUGUAGAAGAGGCCUUGAAUGCGGAGCCUGAUGGGAAGGACCCCGAUGACAAGAGUGACAACUCCAGGGAAUCUGGCUGGCCUGAAGUGCUGAAGGAGGAUUCCUUGACUGGUCGGCGCAGGAUCGAGCGCUUCUCCAUUGCCCUUGAUGAGCUGAGAAGUGUGUUUGAGGCUCCCAGGAGUGUGAACAGACCAGCUGAGUACUGCCAAAAGUCUGUUGUCCAGUGCUUUAUGUUAGCUGGGGGGAGCAGGCAGCUCUGUGAUCUGAUGGUAAAUUUAAAGCUGGCCUUAAAGAUGUCUAGAAAGCCUUUGAACUCCAUCAAGAGCCAUGAAGAUGAUGUUCCUGUCCUGAAAGUCCACCAGCAACCCAAGGGCUAUCCUGAAAUAAGUCAGCAUAGGAAUUCCUUUGACAAUACCCUGAGAGAUAAACUUCCAUUUACUGUGGAGAAACCUGGAAGAAACCGACUUAACAAGAGAUUAGAGUCAGUAUCACCAGUAACAAGACAUCCUGAUAUCAUGUACCUCCUGAUGUGA